GGAACUCCUCGAGUUCGAAUCCUGUCCAGUGGGCGAUACCUGCAGAUCAAUAACGCUGACCUCAGCGAUACAGCAAGCUAUACAUGCGUGGCAAGUAAUAUCGCAGGAGAGAUGACCAGGGAGUUCAUGCUGACAGUACAUGUGCCUCCUACAAUCCAAAGUAGUCCUCAGACUACUGCUGUGCAUAUAAACGCUUCUGCUGUUCUGGAGUGUGUUGCAGAAGGGGUACCGACCCCAAGAAUUACAUGGAGGAAGGAUGGGGCUGUUCUUACUGGAAGCAAUACGAGAUAUUCCGUGUUAGAGGAUGGAUCUCUACACAUCCACUCCGCACAUGUUACUGACACAGGAAGAUAUGUGUGUAUGGCAAGCAAUACAGCUGGCACUGACCGCAAACGAAUUGAUCUGCAGGUUCUUGUUCCUCCAACUAUUGCUCCUGGACAUACAAACAUUACAGUUACUGUAAAUGUGCAGACCACUUUGCCUUGUGAAACCACUGGAAUUCCCAGGCCAGCAAUUAGCUGGAAAAAGGAUGGGCAUCCACUCAGUGUUGACCAGAACCAGAAUACAUACAGACUUCUAUCUUCAGGGUCCUUAGUAAUCAUUUCUCCCACGGUGGAUGACACUGCUGUCUAUGAGUGCUCUGUGUCAAAUGAUGCAGGAGAAGAUCAAAGAGCAGUUGAGCUCACUGUUCAAGUGCCCCCAUCCAUAGCAGAUGAAGCCACAGACCUUUUGGUAACAAAGCUGUCUCCAGUAGUGAUUUCCUGCACUGCAUCAGGGGUUCCUGUCCCCUCAGUUCAUUGGACCAAAAACGGCAUAAAGUUGCUUCCCAGAGGAGAUGGCUACAGAAUUCUCUCUUCAGGUGCUGUUGAAAUACCUGCUGCUCAGCUGGCACACGCCGGCCGCUACACCUGCGUGGCCCGGAACGCAGCUGGCGCGGCUCACAGACACGCCACUCUUCACGUUCAGGAACCGCCUGUUAUCCAGACUCAGCCAGGGACACUGGAUGUCAUUGUGAACAAUCCCGUUCUACUACCAUGUGAAGCGACGGGUACACCUCUACCCAUCAUCACAUGGCAAAAGGAGGGCAUCAACAUCAUCACAACGGGCAACAACUACAUGGUUCUUCCCAGUGGCAGUUUACAGAUUGCAAAAUCAGCUGUUGAAGAUGCUGGCACUUACAUGUGUGUUGCUCAAAAUCCAGCUGGCACUGCUCUGGGGAAGAUCAAACUGAAAGUUCAAGUUCCUCCUGUUAUCAAGUCACACCUCAAAGAAUAUGUUGUUCCUGUUGAUCAGUCUGUCACGCUGCAGUGUGAGGCUGAAGGCUACCCGGGGCCCGAGAUCAGUUGGCAUAAAGACGGACAGCAAAUAACGGACUCCGUUAGAAGAAGAAUUCUUAGCAGUGGUGCGCUGCAGAUUGUGUUUGUACAGCCUGGCGACACUGGCCGUUACACGUGCAUAGCCGCAAACCUGGCGGGGUCCAGCAGCUCUAGCACGGAGCUCACUGUGCACAUUCCACCCAAGAUUCACAGUACGGAGGCGCAGUACACAGUCACAGAGGACUCCCAGGCUGUUCUAUCCUGUGUGGCUGAUGGGAUUCCAACACCAACAAUACACUGGAAGAAGGACGAUACACUGUUAACAGAGAUAGCAGGAAAAUACCGGGCUGUGCCAGAUGGAGACCUCAUUUUGGACAAUGUUGUUCCUGAUGAUUCUGGCAGUUACACCUGUAUCGCUAACAAUGCUGCUGGAGAAGACACCCACACUGUCACCCUGAUCGUUCACGUGCUGCCAGCUUUUACUGAACUGCCUGGAGAUAUAGCUUUGACUAAAGGAGAACAGCUCAGAUUAACUUGCAAAGCAACUGGCAUACCUGUGCCCAAAAUAACAUGGACCUUUAACAAUAACAUCAUUCCAGCGCAGUACGAUGAUGUAAAUGGACACAGCGAGCUUGUUAUUGAAAGAGUAUCUAAAGAUGACUCUGGUACCUACGUAUGCACAGCAGAAAACACAGUCGGCUCAAUCAAAGCUAUUGGUUUUGUGUAUGUCAAAGAGCCUCCAGUCUUCAAAGGGGAUUACCACUCAAGCCGAAUUGAGCCCUUAGGUGGCAACGCUAUGUUGAAUUGUGAAGUCAGAGGAGAUCCACCUCCAACCAUCCAGUGGAGCAAAAAAGGAGUUGGUGUGCAGAUCAGCAACAGGAUCCGACAGCUUAACAAUGGUUCUCUUGCUAUCUACGGGACUGUAAAUGAAGAUGCUGGUGACUACAAGUGCGUGGCAACCAACGAUGCUGGUGUGGUGGAACGCAGUCUGACGCUAACGCUUCAGAGUCCUCCAGUCAUUACUGUUGAACCUGCAGAGACAGUUAUUGAAGCUGGUGCCACAGCAAUGCUGAACUGCCAGGCACAUGGGGAGCCUCCUCCAACCAUCAAAUGGUCCCGCCAAGGUCAUCCCGUUGUGAGCGAUGAGAGAGUGACUGUCCUGUCUAAUGGCUCCUUGCGCAUCGUUGCAGCGCGGAAGGAAGACACGUCUGAAUACGAGUGUGUAGCGAGGAAUCUAAUGGGAUCUGUUCUUGUUAGAGUCCCUCUGACUGUCCAGGUGCACGGUGGAUUUUCUGACUGGCUCGAAUGGCGACCUUGCAGCGUCACUUGCGGUCAAGGUGUUCAGGAGCGAGUCCGUCAGUGCAACAACCCUCUUCCAGCAAACGGGGGGAGGAGGUGUGAGGGGCCCGAUACAGACGUACGCAGCUGCCACAACAAGCCAUGUCCAGUGGAUGGCAACUGGUCAGAGUGGGGGCUAUGGGAAGAGUGUUCAAAGAGCUGCGGGCAAGGUAACAGGACCAGAACCAGAACCUGCAGUAACCCCCCAGCUCAGCAUGGUGGGAAGCCCUGUGACGGCAGUGCUGUGGAUUCAGUCAUGUGUAAUAUUAGGCCUUGCCCAGUUGAUGGUGAGUGGAGUUCUUGGCUGCCAUGGGGUCCUUGCAGCGAGACUUGCGGGAAAGGGACUCAGACACGCCUGAGGCUCUGCAAUAACCCCCCUCCCUCACACGACGGGUCGUACUGCGAGGGCACGGACGCACAGAUGCAGGUUUGCAACAAGAGGCGCUGCCCAGUGGACGGGAAGUGGGCGACCUGGAGCAGCUGGAGCGCCUGCACCGUGUCCUGUGGAGGAGGCAGCAGGCAGAGGACGCGCCACUGCUCAGACCCAGCCCCGCAGUUUGGGGGUCACAAAUGUGAAGGAAAUGACAUACAAAUUGAUUUUUGCAACAGUGAUCCUUGUCCAAUUCAUGGCAACUGGGGCCCAUGGAGUAGCUGGGGAACUUGUAGUCGAACAUGCAACGGAGGCCAGAUGAGGCGAUACCGGACCUGUGACAAUCCUCACCCUGCCAGCGGUGGAAGGGCGUGUGCAGGGGCUGACAUGCAGAUCCAGAGAUGCAGCACUGAGCUGUGCCCCGUGGAUGGAAACUGGGGUCAGUGGCAACCAUGGAGCCAGUGCUCUGCUUCCUGUGGAGGAGGGGAGCAGACCCGGACACGCCUGUGCAGCAAUCCAGCACCGUUAAAUCGUGGACGUCCUUGUCCUGGAGACUCCUCCCAGGUAUCCAGGUGUAACACCCAAGCAUGUCCUGGGGGGCCUUCCCGUGCCAAAGGCAGCGUCAUUGGAAACAUCAACGAUAUUGAAUUUGGAAUUGCGUUCCUGAAUGCCACAGUGACAGACAGCCCCGACUCUGAAACUAGAGUAAUACAAGCAAAGAUUACAAACGUCCCUCGGAGCCUCGGUCCAGCGAUGAGAAAGCUUGUUUCUAUACUCAGCCCAGUUUACUGGACAACUGCAAAAGAAAUUGGAGAAGCAAUGAAUGGGUUUACGCUCACUGACGCCGUCUUCAAGAGAGAAACUCAAGUGGAGUUUGCAACAGGUGAGAUUCUGCGAAUGACUCAUGUUGCCCGGGGCUUGGAUUCAGAUGGAGCCUUGCUGCUGGAUGUUGUUGUGAGUGGCCACGUGCUGCAGCUCCAGUCGAUAGCUGAUGUUAAUGUGAAGGAUUACACUGAAGAUUAUAUUCAAACUGGCCCGGGGCAACUGUACGCCCAUUCUACUCGUCUCUUCGCCGUAGAUGGAGUCAGUGUUCCCGACACGUGGAACCACACCAUCACCUAUGAUUACACUAAAGGAAAAAUGCCUUUCUUGGUGGAAACACUCCAUGCUUCCUCUGUUACAACAGAGUACAACCCACUGGAAGAAACUGUGGCUUUUAAAAUCCACGCUUCUAUUGCAAAAGGAGACCGUAGCAAUCAGUGCCCUGCUGGGUUUGCUUUGGACUCGACUGGGCCUUACUGUUCAGAUGAAGAUGAGUGUGCUGUGCGAAAUCCUUGUUCCCAUACCUGUCAUAACGCCGUGGGAUCUUACUACUGCUCCUGUCCGAAAGGCCUCACCAUCUCUGCGGACGGUAGAACGUGUCAGGAUAUCGAUGAGUGUGCAUUAGGUGGCCAUACGUGCCAUGCUGGCCAAGACUGUGAGAACAUCAUUGGCUCGUACCGCUGCGUGGUCAGAUGCGGGAAUGGCUUUAGGAGGACAGCUGAUGGAUUUAGCUGCCAAGAUGUUAAUGAGUGUCAAGAGUCCAACUCCUGUCAUCAGCGCUGCUUCAAUACUAUAGGAAGUUUCCACUGUGGUUGUGAUCCGGGAUUCCAGCUAAAGGGCAGAAAAUGCAUGGAUGUAAAUGAGUGCAGACAGAAUGUAUGCAGGCCUGAUCAGCUUUGCAAAAACACUCGUGGCGGUUAUAAGUGCAUUGAUCUGUGUCCCAGUGGAAUGACCAAAGCAGAAAAUGGAACUUGUAUUGACAUUGAUGAAUGCCGGGAUGGAACCCACCAGUGCCGCUACAACCAGAUUUGUGAGAACACACGGGGAAGUUACCGUUGUAUGUGUCCAAGAGGGUAUCGGUCCCAGGGAGUUGGAAGACCUUGUGUGGACAUUAAUGAAUGUGACCAAGUGCCUAAGCCCUGUGCAUUUCAAUGCACCAACACCCCCGGCAGCUUCAAGUGUGUCUGUCCACCUGGACAACAUUUAUUAGGUGAUGGGAAAUCUUGCGCUGGAUUGGAGCGAUUGCCAAAUUAUGGCGCCUAUUACAAUAGCUAUAACUAUGCUCAGUUCUCCCCUGGGAGAGACAACUAUCAUCAACCUCAACAGUAUUACAGGCACUCCUCAAAUCUCUACAGCUCCUUCUCGGAGUAUAGAAACAGCAGAAUACCUUUCUCCAGGACUAGAAGGAACGUUAGAGAAACUUGUCCUGAAGGCUAUGAGGCAAGAAAUGGCAGAUGUGUAG